AUGGCGCCUGGUGGUGGCAUUCUCGCAGCAACAAGACCAACAGCCAGACCUGAUCAUCCAUUCGAGUACGCCCUUCAAGUCCUCCCAAGGGGCGGACAGCACCUAGUGCGCGAGUGGAUAUCCGCCUUUCGGAAGGCUCAAAAAAAAGCCUAUGAGGCUACUCCUGAGCAGAAUGUUCCUCGCUUGAUGGCGGUUGGUUACCCUUGGGUGAUAGGACGGGAGUACAAGGGGCUGUAUAGCCAAUAUCGCUUCCUCAAUUCAUCGAGGAUGAGACCAAAUCCAUUCAAUAUGGAAGGAGUCAUGGAAAACGACCUGGAUGUAGUUGGACUUGCAAAGACUUUGGAGAUCGUUAGAGCCAACCACAAGGGGUCGCCCAUGUGGCUAAGGAACCUGGAUGCGCAGCUUUUCCCGCAUGUCUUUACGUUUACCGAAGUCAAGACCAGGGUUCGGAAGUGGCCGGAGAAUGGGCAGUAG